UAUAAGGUCUAUGAUGGCUUGACCUAACAUAACCUAAGUUAUUAGUUUAUUUUUUUUUACAAAUAAGGAUCUACGGCACAGAGUACAUACAAUAUUCUCGUUGUCUACGGGAAGAUUCGAAGUAAAGUGAAUUUGUUCUCACUAGAUGUUAUUCUGCAAAAAUCAGCUCUAAUUUUAUAUUUUAUCAAACUAUCGGUGCAAUGGGAAGUUCUCGUGAUUUCCAAAAUUGUUAUGUUUCGACAAAUUCAAAUCAAAUUCCAAAUGCAAUCCAUUGGGGUAAAAACAAUCUCAUAUGUUAUGGAUCAUGCAAUGCAGUUUUAAUUUAUGAUCCAAAUGUUGGAGGAGGAGGAAAUAUCACACAUACCUUAGUAGGUCACUCAAAGAGGGUUAACUCUGUGAAAUGGCUUAGUGAUAAAUGUAACAUAUAUGAGACAGAAUUAAUAUCGGGUUCAACAGAUUCAUUAGUAAUUAUUUGGACAUUAAACAACGGAUUUUAUGAGCCAGUAAUGUUAAAGGGUCAUGAGUCCAAUGUAAAUAUAGUAGAUGGGCUCUACAAAGAAAAUAACAGAAAUGGUGCUGUAAUAGUCAGUGCCUCUAUGGAUUGCACUGUAAAAGUUUGGCAUCGCCCAAAAAUUGAAGAUAGUUUUGAGAUAAGCCAGAAUAUAAAUUUUGGUUACAGUAUUACUGUAGGCUUAAAAGUAUCAUAUUUUCCUAGCGACAAUAAGUUAAUAUUGGCUUGUGCUCUUGACACAUCAAAAAUACAUAUAUACAUUCAGAAUGAAAGUGUAGAAUCUGAAAGCAAAUUUCAGUGUAAUGCACAAUUAAGUGGACAUGAAGACUGGGUCAGAGGUUUGGAUUUUACAUCAGAUGGUGCUGAUUUGUUAUUGGCUUCUUCUUCUCAAGACUGUUUUAUACGAUUGUGGAGAUUUACAGAAAAAGAUUUGAUUGGUGAUGGUUUAUCUAAAAUCGAAAAUGAAAAAACCCAGCUUAGAGCGGGUGAUCAGAAAUACAAUAUUUAUGUAGAAUCAAUAUUGACAGGUCAUGAAGGAUGGAUAUAUUCAGUAAAUUGGAGCCCAACAUCUUUACAAUUACUAUCUGCAUCCAUCGAUAAGUCAAUGAUAAUUUGGGAAUUUGAUAAAAAUUCAGGACUAUGGCUUGAAAAAAUUAGGCUAGGAGAAGUGGGAGGUAACACACUGGGAUUUUAUGGUGGAAUAUUUGGACCAGACGGUAAAAGGGUUUUAGCACACAGUUACCAUGGGGCUUUUCAUAUUUGGACAUAUUGUGAAAAGUUAGGAAUAUGGGAUCCUUCAGUUACGAUAGGAGGUCACUUUUCUGAGGUAGUGGAUUGUGCUUGGGAUCCUAAAGGAGAAUUUUUAUUUAGCACGUCUGCUGAUCAGACCACUAGAAUACAUGCUCCUUGGCCAAAUAACAAGAAACCAGUCACAUGGCAUGAAAUAGCCAGACCUCAAGUUCAUGGAUACGACAUAAAUUGUUUGGCAGUCAUAUCGAGAUACAAGUUUGCUUCAGGUGCUGAAGAGAAAGUCAUAAGAACUUUUGAGGCACCUAGAAAUUUUGUGGAUAAUUUUAGAAGAAUUUGCCAGGUAUCGGAUGAUGAUGAAGGAGAUACUAUCAGUUGUUCCAAUCAGUUUGGACCCAAAGGAGCGUCGGUACCUUCACUGGGAUUGUCAAAUAAGGCAGUCUACAACGAUGACAACCUAGAACAAGCCAUUUCUGUUGACAAAAGAAAUCCUUAUCCAGAAGAAUCACAUUUUGUUGCAACAGAUUUCACAGAACCUCCCACUGAGGAAACUCUUUUGCAAAAUACACUAUGGCCAGAAAUUCAAAAAUUGUAUGGACAUGGAUAUGAAGUAUAUUCUUUAGCUGCAUCACCUGAUGGUAAAUACUUGGCAUCUGCCUGCAAGUCUACAAAGCCAGAACACUCAGCAAUAUUACUUUGGGAUACUUCUAACUGGCAGCAAAUUCAAAAACUUAUGUCUCACACUCUAACCAUUGUCCAAAUGCAGUUCUCGCCAGACUCCCAGCAUUUACUUUCGGUUUCACGAGACAGGCGUUGGUCCCUAUUCAGAAGAAAUGAAACAGACUUGUUUGAGCUGGUAGCAACAACAGACAAAAACACUGGAAUACAUUCUAGGAUAAUUUGGACGUGUUCAUGGUCCCACGAUUCUAAAUAUUUUGCAACUGGUUCCAGAGAUGGAAAAGUUGUUGUUUGGACUAUAAACAAGGGCAAACAAAAAACCAAUAUUUUGGGAGAGUGUGAAGUGGCUUCCAAACCUCUAGAAUUGAAAAAUGAAUCUGUAACUGCCCUGGCCUUUGUACCGGGGUUGGUGUCAACAUCUUAUCUUGUUGCAGUUGGUUUGGAGUCUGGAGUUGUACGAUUGUAUAAAUGGAGUCCAGAGGAGUGGAAGGAAGUUUUAGUGUUAUCCCAAAGCUUUGCUCAUCAUUUGGCAGUAAGAAGGCUGUGUUUCCGACCUAUCUUUGGGAAGGCGGGUUAUAAAGAACAAGACAAAAACGUUAUCCAAUUGGCAAGUUGCAGUUUAGAUCAUUCAUUAAGAAUAUACAAUAUCUUUUUAAAUAAACUUAUGUAAUUUAGUUUUAGUUUAAUAAGUUUAUGUUAUCCUUAAAGCUAUUACAUUAUUUAUUUGUUUUCCAAUACUUUGUUAAUUGUAUGUAGCUUUAAGUAAAUACAUUUUUUA